AUGCUUCUUCAAACAGUUGUACUCGCGCUCGGCGCCGCCAGCGUAGGGCAAGCUGCGAACAGCUGGAUUGUACCGGGUGCGGCAUGGAUGUCCACUUCGAACACGAAGAUCGAUGCGCACGGUGGUAUGGUGUAUGAGCAGGGCGACACAUUCUACUGGGUUGGCCAGUCUGCAUCGCACAAUGAACAAGCCUACAUGUACACCUCCACCAACCUGCUCGACUGGACGCCCGCAUCCAACCCGAAGAACAGCAUCCAGUAUAUGUGGAGGCCUAAGGUAGCCAAACCAAAUGGUAGCUGGUGGAUCUACGGACAAGUAGACCGCAACGUCCAGGCUAUGAAAGCCACGACCAUUGAUGGGAGUUAUGUGCUUUCAGGCGGGAAGGUAACGCUGCCGCCGAGUGGGUACACUUACAGCGACACUGGUAUGUUCCGCGACGACGCAGACCAAACGUGGUAUCUCCUCACGUCUGCCGACCACAAUACCGUGCAGAUCAACCGUAUCAACGCCGACGGCACCGUAGGCGACCGCGUGAACUACCUUGCUAAAGGUGCUUACGAAGCCCCCGGCAUGUUGAAAGUAAACGGCAUCUACUACCUCAUUGUCUCGGGCAAAACGGGCUGGCGCUCAAACCCUAACCAAGUUUUCUGGACGGACAAACUCGUCGGCGGCUCGUGGAACGGCCCUGUUGGUAUCGCACCCGAAGCCGAAAAAACCUACAACAGCCAGAACACAUUCGAGCUCACCGUGACCGGCAGCAAGAAAACGACCUAUAUCUACAUGGGUGACAGCUGGGACUCCAAAGGCGGGCCCGACAGCAACUACGUCUGGCUCCCUAUCACCGUCGACACGAGUGGGAAGAAGUUGACGCUUGAGUACCACGCGCAGUGGAAGAUCGACGUCGCGACAGGCGAGGUGCAGGUCCCCAGUGUGAAGCGGCGGUACGAGGCUGAGCAUGCCACGCUGGAAGGACGGGCAGCGGUCGCGCGGUGUGAGCACUGUCUCAACAAGCGAGGUGUGCAGAAGCUUCAUGAGGGCGUGGUGAGCUUUGCGAAUGUGACGGGCCUUGGUGGUCCGCAGUGGGUGCAGUUCCAUUACCGUGUGCCACCGUCGAGUGAUGCUGAGGCCUGGGUAUCUGUCAAUGAUGGGCCUGCUGUCAAUAUCUCGUCGUUGAAUCACAGGGCCGGGUAUCAUAGUGUGGUGCCCGUUCAGUUGGACCUCAUUGAGGGGAGCGAGAACACGAUAUCCUUCGGCACAAAUGGAGGUGAGGGUAUUGUGCUGGAUGGGAUAGAGGUUGUGGAAGACUAA